AUGGCACAUUGUAUGGUAAUCUUGAGCAACUAUUGGCCCAGCAAAAUCGAUGGAAGAACUACCCUUCAGCGUUUAGUUUUCCUCGCUGUGCUUCUUGGCCUUCUUAGCAACGCGGUUCUUCCUCUUGCCAGCCACCUUCUUGCUGCUCUUGCUAGCCUUCUUUCCCUUCUUGGUGUGGUGCUUGGGGGCCGAGUCGUUUUCCUCCGCACCACGCUUGUGGGCAGUCUUGCCCUUGUUAUUCACAACAGUCUUGGCGACAGUCUUAGCGGCACCGGCAACAGCGUUCUUAGCCUUGAUGGCGCCGGUAGCAACAGCUUUGACGGCACCGAGAAGAUUAGCGCGCUCCUCGAGAUCAAACUCAUCAUCGCGCUCCUCAAGAUCCCACUCAUCACGUUCCUCAAGGUCCCACUCAUCACGCUUUCCUUGAGCAGGCUUUUGGUCCCAUUCGUCACGCUCCUCGAGAUCCCACUCGCCACGUUCCUCGAGAUCCCAAUCGUCACGCUUGGUCUUAGCAGUCUUGGCAAUGUUCAUCGAUGUAUCAGCAGUCUUGAGGACACGAUCAGCUCGGACGACAAGAUCGAAGUCCUCAAAGUCACGCUCACCAAGGUCGAGAACGAGGUCACGAGCGGCCAGGUCAAGGUCGGCGAGCCCGUUGACAUCUCGGACGGCAAUGUCAGGCUGAGGGGCCAGAGGAGCAGCCGCGGCAAGGCCAACCAGGACGGCGGGGAUGAAAACUUGCUGAAUGCCAACCAUUUUGAAUAA